UUCUCAAACUCUUUCCUCUGUAUUUCUCGCAAUAAUAAACUCUCUUUCUUUAAUCAACGCGUUACACUUUCUUUAUACUUCCAUCCAUAUCUUUUUACUCCAAUCAUUCUAAUUCCCCAAAUUCCAUCUCUCAAAAUAAUGUCUUACAAUCCUUCAGCACCUCCUAUGCCCCCUUCAUCAUCAUCUUCUAAUACAAAUAGCUACAAUCAUUACAAUCAUAAUCAAACUAAUUAUACUUGCCCACCUUCUUCUCAAUCUUACCAUGUAAGCCAUCAAUCAUAUUCUUCUAAUUAUGGCCACAGUUACAAUCCUUUUCCUCCUGGAACUGACCCAGAAAUCAUUCGAAGUUUCCAGAUGGUAGACCGAGAUAAUAGUGGUUUUAUCGACGAUUGUGAGUUGCAAAACGCUCUUUCUUAUGGAUAUAACCACUUUAAUCUUAGCACUAUUCGUCUCCUUGUGUUCCUUUUCAAGAACCCAACUGAAAAAUCUAUGAAAAUUGGUCCCGGUGAAUUUGCUGCAUUAUGGAGUUGCCUGGGUCAAUGGCGUGCCAUAUUCGAGAGAUUUGAUAGAGAUCGAAGUGGGAAAAUUGAGGUGGACGAGCUAAGAGAUGCUCUCUAUAGUUUAGGAUAUGCAGUUCCACCUUCAGUGCUUCAGCUUUUGAUUUCCCGUUAUGACAAUACGAUUGGUCGUAAAGCUCAGCUUAACUUCGAUAAUUUCGUUGAGUGUGGAAUGGUUGUAAAGGGAUUAACGGAGAAGUUUAAAGAGAAGGAUUCGCGUUAUAGUGGCUCUGCAACAAUAACAUAUGAGGAUUUUAUGUCAAUGGUUCUUCCAUAUCUUGUAACAUACAAUUAAUUCAAUCUCCCUUGUGUUUUAUUGGAGCUUGUAAUGUAUAAAUAGCCAUAGGUGUUGUUUUGUUUACCAGGUAUUAAGUAUUUUUGGUGUAUAUACAGGAAUGUACAUUGUUUUGGGUGGUUUUAAUUUGAUUUAUCAUUUAUUCAUUCUUCAUUAGUUCAUUACUUGAAUUGAGG